UGCUUCUCCUCGUUGGUAAUGGUGUAUGUGAUAGCAUGCUGGGUGGUAGAGGACUGACUUGGUUCUCCGGCGCGGCGUUGAACUCCGGCAAAGCAACUAAGCUAGAGAUCAGUGACUCAAAUCACAUGGGAGAUUCUGCAUGCAGAUAUGCGGGUUUUCUUCGCCCAGAUUGAUGCAGCAGAAUGAAGACUUUUGGGUAGUUUGAAGAAGUGAUUGGAAUUGGUUGUGGUUUGCUAAAUGAGUAUGAAUCUCGGGAGGAGAUUUUCGGUUCCCCAAGAGAAUGGGGAUCCAUGGAUUCCAGUGAUACCACAGAUUACCGAUUUGUCUAGACCCACUCUUGUUCCGGCUGACUUGCAAGGGAACCAGAUUUUACCCAGGCAUGAUCUUAUUCCGUCUGGAAUGCAAGGGAAUCAAACGGAGAUGACAAAUUGGCAGGAACUGGUUGGGAUCUACGGGGAGCUUCUACAAGAAGGAGAUGAUACCGGAGCAAUUCAGAAUGUCAGAUCUGUGGAGCAAAUGGAUGGAAAUUCAAUGGCACUGAUGAAUUUGAAGCAGAAGGAGCUUCAUACCUGGCAGAAUGGUGUUGUUCAGAACCAAAGCAUUGAUCAGAGUAUGGUGUCAUAUGGGAAAAAUCUUGGCCAUCUAAAUCCCGGUUGGAGUAAUUGUAGUUCUCUAGCAAAAUCAAUGGCAACGAGGAACACACCAAUUGCUUGUUCUAUGAAUGCAUCACCAGAGAAGAGCAUCCCUGCCACAAGUAAACCCGACAUUCCCAGUUCUUAUCCUCAAUUAGAAGGCAAUUACACUCACGGUGAAUCCUCAAGUCCAAUGCCCCCAAAACAAAAGCUCGUGUUGCAUUCAAGUGCAGUUUCCAGUAGUUACACCAGGAAACGCCAAUCUCAUGAUGGUUUUGCCGUCCCAUAUACUGCCAACGGUGACAUUUAUUCACCAUCACCGGAAACUGUUGUAACCUCAGGUGCAGCCAGUUUUGUCAAAUUUGCCCCAAUAACUCCUGAUAAGGCGGAUCAAUUGAAAAUCUGCCAUCAUUCUGAAAUACAAAACUUUUCAAGCGAGGAAAAUUCAAGUCCAGAAAAGGAUAACCAGGAACAGACAACCUGGGCUAUACGAGAGGGAGAUAACCACUCUGUCUAUCUCAUACAGAAUACUCCAGAUUCAUUGUCUGCAGCAAUAUCACCAUUGUCAAAAGGAAAUAACACUGAUAGCAAAGGUAAUGCAGAAAUUGACCUGAACAAGACCCCCCAGCCUAAACCUCCUAGAAGACCGAAACACCGGCCAAAGGUGGUGGUUGAAGGAAAACCCAAAAGGACCAGUAAAUCUUCUGCUCCAAAGAAUAGUACUCCCAAUGAGAAUCCAUCAGGAAAAAGGAAGCGUGUGCGCAGAAAGCCACCGAAGACCCCAUCAUCUAAACAGGACGAUGAAAUGAAUGGGGUUGCAACUUCAAAUGCAGAUAAAGUAAAAUCAUGCAGGAGGGUUCUGAACUUCGACGUAGAAAAUGGGGCAGCAAAUGGAAAACAAGGCAGAGACGAGGGUAGCCAGGUAGAGGCACGAGGACGGUUUGACCAAUCUUUUAAUUUGAACUUGGGUGCUCGAGAUAAACUAGUGUCUUUGGUUAAAGAUGUGUCUACAACUUCCAUGAUGCAAGAGCAGCAGAAUGGAGAACAGCAACUAGUAACUACAAGCAGCCGCUUCCAGAAGCCAAUUAAUGUGCCUACAAGCCCAGCUACACCUAAGAGUCAUAAACUGAAUGCCAUAGCUAGAAAUUUGAACGUGCGAAAUACUAUUCUAUACCAAAAUAGUAGACAGAAUGGGUACAAUCAAGUAGAAGAAGUUGACCAUGAAAAAGGAAUUAGCAGAAAUGACUUCCAAACAAACACUAGUCAAGCAAGAAUUGAGGAAACAAGACAGUUGGCUUUGCAGAGUACCAGUCAAAUGCUGAGAGAUAUAGCUAAAAUGACUGGAAACCGAGGAUUCAAGAGAGACCUUCACAGCUCUGAGUUGACUGAUUCACAAGCUGUUAACCUGGUUGGAUCUCACUUGUUGUGCCACAACAUGUCUAGGACAGGAAAGCUUAACAGUGAUUGUAGUACAUUGGGGAUAUGUUCAACAACUCGCAAGAAAAAGAAGUCCAAGGACUCAUUUUGUGGAACCAUUACCAGUACACCUUCCUAUGUUACAGCUGUCAAAGAUUGCUCAGCACACAUGCAAACGGGUAGCUCUAUAUCUCCUGAUAAUAGCAGAUUAUCGAAUCCUAAUCUUCAUCGUGAAAUAAAAUGUCAAAAUGCAGAGAAUGUAAUGAGUGGGGAUGCGGCCAAUCGGCAUUUAAACCCCUUGACAGUGGGGCUUCACUAUCAGGGACAACACACUUUGUCUCAGUUGCAUCCAAAUGCAGAGAAACAAUGUACUCCAUCAUAUUUUCAAUCAAAUGCAGGAAUAGAGGCUGAGAAUAUGUCCCAACAACACACUGAAACCGAUGGCCACAAAGCCCUAGCAACAGUUAGAAACUGGAAUACCAAGUGUGCUACAGUGUCUGUUUCUGAGUCUGUACAAGGGCAUGAAAAACGGACUUCACCUGCUACCAUUUCUGCAAAGGCAACGGAAGUCAGACAGGCAUCACCAAAUCAAGCAUCCAGAUCCAGUAGGAAGCAAAUUCCAAGAGAGAAAAAGAAUGCACAAGGUGACCAGCAACACUGCACAGGCCCACUGGAAUCAGGGGACUAUACAGUUACUGUUGAUAUACUUGCAUUGCGACUGGAAUGCCUAGCUAUCAGUGACAAGAGGAAUAACUUGGAUAUAGAAGAUCAAGGUGCACUUGUUCCAUACAAAGGAGAUGGUGCACUUGUUCCAUACAAAGGAGAUGGUGCACUUGUACCAUAUGAAGGAUAUGAUCUUUCAAAAAGUCGAAAGCCGCGACCUAAAGUGGAUCUUGAUCCAGAGACAAAUAGACUUUGGAACCUAUUGAUGGGGAAGGAAGGAAGUGAAUGCAAAGAAUCAAUGGAUAAGGACAAGGCCAAAUGGUGGGAAGACGAAAGGGAAGUGUUCCAGGGACGGGCAGACUCAUUUAUAGCUAGAAUGCAUCUUGUUCAAGGGGACAGACGAUUCUCACGAUGGAAGGGAUCAGUAGUAGACUCAGUAAUAGGAGUGUUCCUCACACAAAAUGUGUCAGACCAUCUUUCAAGCUCUGCUUUCAUUUCUCUCGUAGCCAAGUUUCCCCAGCAGUCAGUGAUUAAGGAAACAGAAGUUCAGGUAAUAGAUCCAGAUGGCACUAUUUCUUAUCAUAAGAGCAUACUAAAGCAGCCAGGGCAUAAUCACAGCUCAGCAGCAUCUGGUGAAGCAUCUGACCUCAUAAUGAAAAAUCUAACGAGAGCAAGAGAAAUUCAUAUACCAAAUGAGAAGAAUAGAAGAAUGGAGGAAGAAGUCAUUUCAUUGCAAAAUUCAUCUGUGUCUUUCAUUCUUCAAGCCAAUGAAGAAAUCAAAUCAAGCACUGGAUCCAAUUCAGAAGCUGAAGAUCGAUUAAGUGGGAGUAGUCCUAAGAAUGGACAGAAUCAACCAGAAUUUUCUUUACAGACUGAAGUAACUGCCUCAUUCCAGGAAUUUCAGCAUUAUGCUAUGUACAGUGCACUAUUGAAUAAGAAGACAAUGCCUAGGAAUCAGCAAUCAAAAAAUCCAGUUAGUAGCAGAGAAAAUGGUACACUGGACAGGGGCAGUACUGAAUUUGAUUUCCCAAUCAAUUCUAAUAAUCAGUGCAUAGAAAAUUCAGCAUUCACUUUCAGUGAUCCCUGGUUACUGAUAAAAGAAUACUCCGACACACAGGAAACAACCUCUGACUAUGUUUGGAAAGAAAAUGCAUCCUCUUUGCAUUCAGUUGCUAAUGGAACAAACCAAGAAAAAAGUGCAUAUUACUGUUGCACAGGCGUGGAAUAUAUUGCUCAAAAUACAAGUACUUCAACUUCCAAGGAAACAGAGGCCACAAUAGUUCAAGCCUCAGGAGUAGACCAAGAUGCAUUUUUGAAAAAGAAAUCAGAGCACCUAGUGAAUCUACAACCGCAUCCACAGACUGGACAUAUUCAACAUUUUGCCAGUAGUGAUCAACAGGAAAGGUCCAAAAUAAGUCAACUGGACAACACUUUUAAGGCGUCCUCAGACACUGCUAAAGCCCAUGCUAAACAACAAUCAGAAGGGGAAAUACAUCCUGACAAACUGGCUACUGAGAACGCCAUAAACGUUUCAAAUGCAAAAAAGAGAAAGACUGAAAAGGAAAAUAACAAGGUAGAUUGGGAUAGCUUGAGGAAGCAAGUGCAAUAUAAGAGUGAAAAGAUAGGAAGAAGCAAGGACACAAUGGACUCGCUGGAUUAUGAAGCACUUAGACGAGCAGAGGUCAAAGACAUAUCUGCUGUUAUCAAGGGAAGAGGAAUGAACAACAUGCUGGCAGAGAGAAUCAAGGAUUUCCUUAACCGGCUGGUUAGAGAUCAUGGAAGUAUUGACCUGGAAUGGUUAAGACAUGCGCCACCAGACAAAGUAAAGGAAUAUCUAUUAAGUAUUCGAGGACUGGGUCUGAAAAGCGUGGAGUGUGUGCGCCUAUUGACACUACAUCAUCUUGCAUUCCCAGUUGACACAAAUGUUGGAAGGAUUGCUGUACGAUUGGGGUGGGUCCCUCUCCAACCACUUCCCGAGUCACUCCAGCUGCAUCUCCUUGAGAUGUAUCCAGUACUGGAGUCAAUUCAAAAGUAUCUAUGGCCCAGACUCUGCAAGCUGGAUCAGAAAACUCUGUAUGAGCUACACUACCAAAUGAUUACAUUCGGAAAGGUUUUCUGCACGAAGAGUAAACCAAACUGUAAUGCAUGUCCAAUGAGGGGAGAAUGUAGGCAUUUUGCAAGUGCGUUUGCAAGUGCAAGGCUUGCCCUUCCAGGGCCAGAGGAGAGAAGUAUGGUGAAUUCAGGUGCACCUAUCUCAGCUGAUGGAAAUCCCGCUGCCUCAUUCAAGUCUAUGCCACUUCUCCUAGGAAAGCCAGGAGAUCGUACUGUAAGCUCAGCUGAUGCAUUUGAAGCUAGUUACAUGUCCUCUCUCUUGAACAAGCCUAUGCCACUACCUCCAGAGAUAACUAGCUUAAAUAGAGAAGCAACAGAGUUCAUUACAAGCAGCUAUGAACCUAUUAUUGAGGAACCAGCAACACCUGAACCAAUGCCAGAAGUUUCAGAAAGUGAUAUUGAGGAUGCAUUCUAUGAGGAUCCUGAUGAGAUCCCUACGAUUGAGCUCAACAUCAAAGAAUUCACAGCCAAUCUGCAGACUAUCUUGCAAGAGCAGAGCAUGGGAAUACAAGAAGGUGAUAUGUCCACAGCUUUAGUUGCUUUGAAUCCAGAGGCUGCUUCAAUCCCAACACCAAAACUGAAAAAUGUGAGUCGCCUGCGUACAGAACACCAAGUGUAUGAACUUCCAGAUUCACAUUCACUUCUUGAAAGGAUGGAUAGACGUGAACCUGAUGAUCCAAGUCCAUACCUUCUAGCUAUAUGGACACCAGGUGAAACUGCAAAUUCAGUUCAACCUCCUGAAACAAACUGUGAUUAUCAAGCAUCAGGUAGACUGUGCAAUGAAAAUACAUGCUAUUCAUGCAACAAUGUUAGAGAAGCAGAUUCACAAACAAUCAGGGGCACACUUCUGAUACCAUGCCGAACAGCAAUGAGGGGGAGUUUCCCACUCAAUGGAACAUAUUUUCAAGUGAAUGAGGUAUUUGCUGAUCAUGAAUCCAGUCUUAAUCCAAUUGAUGUUCCAAGACGAUUGAUAUGGUACCUGCCAAGACGGACAGUGUAUUUUGGGACUUCCGUCUCCACAAUUUUUAAAGGCCUGUCCACAGAUCAAAUUCAGCAUUGCUUUUGGAGAGGAUUUGUCUGUGUUAGGGGGUUUGAUCAGAAAACUCGAGCACCUCGCCCUCUUAUAGCCAGACUGCACUUCCCAGCAAGUAGGUUGGCCAAGAAUAAAAACGAGAAUGGAAGAAAACAAGCUUCUGCUGCUAAGUAGGAUGGAUACACAGUCUGAUUGCUAACAUUUCUGGCUUCUUAGAAGGAAAUGCAAGCUAAUUACAUAUAAUACCCAGUGGCUGAAGUAGUGUCAAGUUUUGCUCUCCUUCACAAGAAGCAGUUUGUAUUCUUUCAUUACCAUUUUUCAGGAUUACUGAUAGCCUGAUAGGAAC